CAUGAUGGGCGGUGUGGUCUAACGCAAGUACCAUCCUCUCCCUCUUCAGCUGUUUCCUGGCUAUUUUUACAACCCUCACUCUAAAAAACAAAAUAUUUCUACUUAGAAGAGUUUAAAAGUCACAAGCAAGCCUUCCAAAACAUGUAACUGACUUAAAAAAACCACUGAGUGCUUGAAGUAAUAACGUGGCAUUCGGCUUUAUUUUCAAGCCAACAGGAUAUAUGCCCGGCUCUUAUUUUCAGUCUUUCUCACAGCAAGGGGCAGGAAUGUUUUUUUUGUUUUUAAGCUGAAAGUACACAUCCCGUGAUGAUGUGCUCCAGAAACCUGCAGGCGAAGAACACCCUGGGGUGCAAAGCGCGCAGUUAACGUGUAUGUCAAGGUGUUUACAAAUAGCCCGUUUCUACUGUGCAUGGAUUUGGCUCGUUCUCAAGAAGAAGUCAUAGAUCCCAAGUAUUUGUGGAUCGGUCCAGAUGGAAAAAAUUUAGAAGGGCAAAUGUACGUGAAUCUUAGAGAAACAGGAAAGCUGAUGGUGAUGGGUUUUAAGGAGUCGAUGUCUGGAGCCUACACAUGCACUCUUUCUCACAAAAUCAUAGAAACUACAACACAAGAAGAAAGAGAAGUGUUUGAGGUGUAUAAGUUCAUGGUAUACGCGUACAGAGAAGCUGACCAUGCAUAUCAGGUUUUUGUUCGCUUUGCAACGAAGGAAUGCGAGCUAGCCGCCAACGGCCAGUUCUUUGAGGAACUAAAGAAGAUCUUGAACAACAUCAUCUCCGAUCUGAUGUGUCACAUCAUAGAGCCGUCCUGCAAAUGCCACUCUGUCAAGACACCAAAACAAGGCCUCCUGCAUGAGCUAUUUGUUAGUUUUCAAGUAAAUCCUUUUGCACCAGGAUGGGAGGACGUUUGCCACCAGGUUCCUUACGAUUGUGAAGACGUGACAAACAUCAAAGUUCAAGAGGCAAGAGAUCGUAUUGGGGAGUUUUUCAGUAAACAGACAUACGCUUUGAAGCACGAGUUUCAAACCGUUCCUACAAUACACUACGUGGACAACAGCUUCUCAGUUACUCACGUUGACAGUUGUCGACCAGGCUUUGGGAAAAACGACAUCACCCACAAGAACUGCGCUAGUUGCUGCGUGGUUUGUGAUCCCGGAACUUACAGUCCCAACAGCGACGUGACCUGCCAGAUCUGCGCGCGGCCUCGAGUCAAAGAGUACGGAGCGAGAUCUUGCUAAUAAACUGGCAACAAACUGGGAAGCCGAAGAGCAGCUGUGAAAGCAUGUUUGGUUUUGUGACGUCUUUUUUUUUAGCUACCGAUUCUGGAAUCCUACGUUCAGUUCUGGACUAUUUUGAACAUUUUGACAAUGACAAAACACCGCCGUUCCCGCACCCCUACAUUUCCUGUACUCAGGGAACAUUUAGACUGUUAAAAAACGAUGCAUGAAAUGAAGUGUUUACACAAGGUAAAGUAAUUCCGUGAAAAAACAAAAGGGAUGUUUGUUGUGUGGCCGUUUGUGCACAGAGUCCGUUUCUUGGUGGUGACACCAGCCACGCCACAGCUUCGUGCCACAGUUUGCUCAGAGAAGGAGCUAUAAACGCUGUAGGGGAAGCUGGCAGACAGACGUAGCGGAAUUAUGUGCCACAGUGACAUACGCCAGAAUCUCUAUGAGCAAUUUCUAACAGAUACUAAUAGAAGUAUUUAAUCCUUGUGAUUUAAAGCAUUAAAUGCCCUU